UUACUGAUGUGCUCCGCCUGCCAGGCCGGCUCCACCCUCCUGCGUCCUCUCCACCCCCUCCCCUCCUCCCAUGUGACCCUACACUCCUGAUGUCCUGAAUGCGCAAUUCAGGCCUUUUGGCCCUUUAUAGAACUUUGGCCUUCUGGAGGCAGGGCAGUCAGCAAGGGGAGGUCUAGCCCCCAGCUCUGUCUCGGAGCAGCUUGACUGGUUUGAACCGCCUAAUCGGCCCUGGAAGAUCAACUGGAAGUGCCUGGGGCUGUUUCCCUGCAGAUUGGAGUUACUGCACACUGCCCGAAAGCCCCGCCUGCCCUUGGGGCUGCCUGCCUUUGGGGCUGCCCGCCCCUUCUGAUCCCCUUUGUGGGAGAGAGACCUGUCCAAGGAGAGCCGGGACUACAUCUCCCAGCGUGCCUGGCAGAGUGGCGGCCUCCGUGCGCCGGCUGCACCGGUUGCGGGCAACAAUGCAGCGGGCAGUGAGCGUGGUGGCCCAUCUGGGCUUGCAGCUGAAGGCGCUCCCGUCGGCCCUGGGCCGUCCGUUCAGUUGUGCACAGGACGUGCUCCGCAGGACACCACUCUAUGACUUCCACCUGGCGCAUGGCGGGAAGAUGGUGGCGUUUGCAGGCUGGAGUCUGCCUGUGCAGUACCGGGACAGCCACGUGGACUCACACCUGCACACACGCCGGCACUGCUCGCUCUUUGACGUGUCCCACAUGCUGCAGACCAAGAUACUUGGUUGUGAUCGGGUGAAGCUGAUGGAGAGUCUAGUGGUUGGAGAUAUUGCAGAGCUAAGGCCAAACCAGGGGACACUGUCGCUGUUUACCAAUGAGGCUGGAGGCAUCUUAGAUGACUUGAUUGUGACCAGCACCUCGGAGGGGUACCUGUAUGUGGUGUCCAACGCUGGCUGCUGGGACAAGGACUUGGCUCUCAUGCAGGACAAGGUCAGGGAGCUUCAGAACAUGGGCAGUGACGUGAGCCUGGAGGUGGUAGAUAAUGCCUUGCUAGCCCUGCAAGGCCCCACUGCGGCACAGGUUUUGCAGGCCGGCGUGGCAGAUGACCUGAGGAAAUUGCCCUUCAUGACCAGUGCUGUGAUGGAGGUGUUUGGUGUGUCCGGCUGCCGUGUGACCCGCUGUGGCUACACAGGGGAGGACGGUGUGGAGAUCUCGGUGCCGGCGGCGGCGGCAGUCCGCCUGGCAACAGCUCUGCUGGAAAACCCAGAGGUGAAGCUGGCGGGGCUGGCGGCCCGGGACAGCCUGCGCCUGGAGGCAGGCCUCUGCCUGUAUGGGAGUGACAUCGAUGAACACACCACACCUGUAGAAGGCAGCCUCAGCUGGACAUUGGGGAAGCGCCGCCGAGCCGCCAUGGAUUUCCCUGGAGCCUCGGUCAUUGUUGCCCAGCUGAAGGGCAAGGUGCAGCGGAGACGUGUGGGGUUAAUGUGCGAGGGGGCGCCGAUGCGGGUGCACAGCCCCAUCCUGAAUACAGAGGGCACUGUGAUUGGUGCUGUGACCAGUGGCUGCCCCUCUCCCUGCCUGAAGAAGAACGUGGCCAUGGGUUAUGUGCCCUAUGAGUACAGUCGGCCAGGUACCCCGCUGCUGGUAGAGGUGCGGCGGAAGCAGCAAAUGGCUGUGGUCAGCAAGAUGCCUUUUGUGACCACAAAUUACUAUACCCUCAAGUGAAAGUGGCUUGGGACGGGGCCCCUCCCAUCCAGGAGCCUGGACCUGGAGGGCAUUCUACAAGGGUUAGUCAAGAAGCUGAGGCUGAAUACACUGGGGGUAGGUGGCUAGGGUGGAGGUUGGUUCUGGUCAUCUGGUUGAGGGCGGCCCAUAACACCUGUUCCCACCCCCCUCCUGUGCCUCUCUAACUUUAAGAGCAAGGGACCAGCUCAUGCAAUGUCAGCCUGUGGUCCCACGGACCCUGUUCUCGUCUGCCUGCUGGAGGGCUGUGGGAAGCUUUAGUUCGGCAUCUGUCCCUUCCACUCUGCCACGUGCUGGCUGUGGAGCAGAGGCUCACAUUUAGGGAGGGGAUAAGGCCUGCCCAGCCUACCUCACCAUGGUUUCUCACACUGCAAGGGGCUUAUUACCUUGGGUAGUGCCAGCCACCUCCUUCAGUUUACUUUCCAUGAAUGCAGACUGGGGCCUCUCCCUGGGUAGGAAUGAUUCCUGACUCACCGAGGGCUGGCCCUGUAGGGCUGCUGUGCCUAUGUAAACUCGGGGACAGCUGAGGAGGCACAGACUCACUCUUCCACGUUCCCAAGUUAGCCCAGCCUGCUGCCCAGUAGCAAACCAUGCCAGGCUCACCACCUGUCCUGAGCCCCAGGGCUGUUGUAGGACAGGCUGGGCCUUCUCCUGGACUUGACUUACCCUGGCUGCCCUUUGCCCCUGGUGCCCAUUACUGGACUCCACUGACCUCUAAAAAAACAUUAAA